AUGCAUUCGCUUCCGGUGGACGCACACAGUCCGUUCGCGCUAGUACGGCCGGCAACGCCGUCCGAACCACAUCCUUCGGACCGAGACCUUCCGUACCGGGGGGCGAUCUUCUUGCCCCCAUCCGUCAUACCUGUGUCAGUCUCUUUUGAUAGCGAGGGGCGAAGCAUAUCUGAGGCUAGUAUCAUCGUACGCGUCAGUACCCGGCGCGUUUCAACUACUAGGAAACCCGGUAGUCAAGGUGCCUUAGACCAGCAGAGUAUUCUAUAUACAGAGGCUACUUCAGGAAUAGUCCGAGCGACACAAGUUGCGGUCGUUACUCCUGUGGCUCAACCUGGGCUCGGUAGUCUCGCUGGUCAGGCAGCGGCCGUUAACACGCAACAACAGGUAGGCGUACAGGCAGCGGCACCAGUCGUAACGCCAUCGGUCGUCACUCGUGCUUCUGUCUAUGAUCCAGGUCUCUAUUCCAGAUCGAGGACGAGGACACGAUAUUAUUCAGUAUACGACCCGGGAUUAGCUGGUCCUGCAUAUACACCGAUAGCGGAUCUGCCAUUCUGGGAAUGGACUGGUCCGAGUGAUCCAGGCGAUGGCGUUCUGGGUUUUCCCGAUGACCUAGACUUCACGGACGAUGGUGUCGGUCCUGGGCCUGGGCCUGGAUUUGGACCUGGAGGACCUGGACCCGGAGGACCUCCACCUGGACCAGGCGGUGGAGGUGGGCCUCCCGGUGGAUUUGGACCGGGUGGUGGAGGUGGACCUCCUGGUGGAUUUGGGCCAGGCGGCGGAGGUGGGCCUGGUGGUGGGUUUGGGCCGGGCGGUGGAGGUGGGCCUGGUGGCGGUGGAUUUGGACCGGGCGGUGGAGGUGGGCCUGGCGGUGGAUUUGGGCCUCCCCGGAACCGCGCCAGAAACAAGCUGGGCGAUGGACCAGAUCCGGACUCCAAUGGACAUCUGGUCGUAGGACAAGACUCGGAGGAUGGUAAAUUCCUUCCACGGCACGAUGGCAACCUCAACACUCGGUCGCACCCCUCCAAAGACGACAAACGUAAUGAGCGGAGCGACGGAACUCCGUUUCAUGCUUAA